AUGAUGUCAGGACGGGGUCGCGAUAAAACUGGUGGUAAUACAGAGCCGAUGCCCUUCGUACGAAAAUUCGGUGCUGCAGCAUAUGCUGCUUCAGCUGAAGAUAGCGGUAGCACUGCAGCCUUGCGGGGUGAUGACGUAACAGAAACUGCAGAUACGGCUGUUGGUGUUCCAGUUGCUCAGCGAUCGCACUCUCGAUCCCCUUGGCGAGAUCGAGAUCGUAAAGAAAGAAGACGUAGAAAAUCGAAAUCAUAUGAUAGAAACAAGAGAAGAUCGCAUUCGAAAGAACGUCGUCGUCGCAGUAAAUCACGUUCGAGAAGCCGUAGCAGUAGAGAUAGAAAACGUCGUCGGUAUAGCCGGAGUAGAAGUCGAGAUCGACGAAGUCGAAGUAAACAUCGUCGAGUAGCACGAGCAAUAUCUAAUGAUGUAGUUUCUGCGAUAUCAUUUCCUAGUUUUAAAGAUCGAACUCAGUCGCCACCUAAAGUAAAAACUGGAGAGAGUGAUGUUAAUCCAGCUGAAAUUCUUAGUAACGCAAUUGCGAAAAUCAGACCUGCUGGUGUAUUACCUAUUCUUGCUAGGCCGGAUAUUGUAGAAAAAAUAGCAAAUGAAAAUGGUGCUGUAAAUGAUGGCAGUACUGGCGGAAUGGUAGACAAAAAAGCUCGGAAAUCGCGUUGGAGCUCAUCAAAAUCGUUUGUUCCAGGCAUGCCUACAAUUCUUCCGUCAAAUCUUAGCGAUGAUCAGCGUCAAGCAUAUUUACUUCAACUGGAAGUGGAAGAUGCGACAAGAAAACUUCGUCUUGGCGAUUUUUUGGGCAAUCCAGAUCCAGCUCUAAGAAGUCCAUCGCCAGAACCUAUAUAUGAUGCUAGUGGAAAGCGCUUGAAUACUCGUGAAAUCAGGAAGAGACAAGAGCUGGAACAGUUGCGACAUGAAAAGAUUCAAGCUUUAUUAAAACUUAAUCCUAAUUUUAAGCCUCCUGCUGAUUAUAGAGCACCAACUAUUCGUUUGCACGAUAAAGUCUGGAUACCACAAGAGAGCCACCCAGAAAUAAAUUUUGUUGGUCUUUUAAUUGGUCCAAGAGGGAAUACGCUAAAAGCUUUGGAAUCUGAGACAGGUGCAAAAAUUAUUAUUCGAGGGAAAGGAUCAGUAAAGGAAGGUAAAUUGGGUCGGCGAGAAGGCCCUAUGCCGGGAGAGAAUGAGCCUCUUCAUGCCUAUGUUACUGGAACAGAUUCAGCUGUAAUUAAAAAGGCAUGUGAAAAGAUAACUUCAAUUAUCAAUGAGGCAUUAAUGAUUCCAGAUGGACAAAAUGAAUUAAGAAAACUACAACUGCGCGAAUUAGCUUUGCUUAAUGGGACUUUGCGACCUGAAGAUCUGGCAAGUGGUGCCAGAUGUAGUAACUGUGGUUCAGAUGAGCAUAAGACAUGGGAAUGCCCCGAUGCUCCAAAUGUCACGGCAAAUAUUGUCUGCACAGCAUGCGGAGGAGCUGGCCACAUCGCGAAAGAUUGCAAAAAUCCUAGGCCUGGUGGCGCUAGCUUUAAUCUUGGUGCGGAUGGUGGCAUGGAUGACGAGUACUCUGCGCUUAUGGCUGAAUUGGGUGAAAAGCCAUCUGGAGCUGUUGCAAAAGUACCCGGCACGCAUGCUGUGGGGAGCGCGUCUGCAGGUGGAUACAAGCCAAGAUUCAGUGUGCCAUCGGGCACACCGAUUGUGAGAGUAAAUUUAACUAAAGGCGCACAGAAUUCAAAUUAUGGAUUAGGUAUGAAUGAGUAUGGUGCAGCAAGAGCGGGAGUGCCUCCUGUUUCGUCAUACGCAUCUCCUGAAGGAGUGCACUUUUUUAAUCAGCCAACAGCUUCACCUAAUCGUGCUCGAAUGCCAUACAACCCAGCAGCUGCUGGUUGGGGUAAUAUGGGAGGUAUAGCUGCCCGCGGCUGGGGUGGCGCUGCAAGCCGAUAUCCCAUGCCGGUGCCUCCACCACCACCACCUAUGUCUUUGGGACUUAUGCCUCCCCCACCUCCUCCACCAGCGCCAAAGAUGGAUCUUUCUAGCUUACUUGCACCACCUGCGCCACCGCCACCGCCACCCGUUUGA